UGUUUUUGUCUGUUGCUAACUUUGCCGGGCCAACAUAUUAUCCUCCGCGACUCUUUGCCUAUAUUAAUUCCACCCACCACCGUGCUGCAGAAUUCCUCAAGUCCCAAUUCUUGCAUUCAUCACUUGCCACCCUACGGGAAUAUGGCAAUAGUUUACUUCGUUCUGUCACCUCUUUUCUUCUCUUUUUCAGGGGCUCUUGCGGCUACGUUUACGCUGGCAAAUAACUGCGAGUACACCGUAUGGCCCGGCGUGCUCUCGAGCGCUGGCACGGCGGCGCUGCCAACGACGGGCUUCGCGCUGCAGAAGGGCGAGACGCGGAGCCUCGACGCGCCCGCCGCGUGGUCGGGCCGAUUCUGGGGCCGCACUCACUGUGCCACUGACUCGAGCGGCAAGUUCAGCUGCGCAACCGGCGACUGCGGGUCUGGCUCGGUGGAGUGCUCCGGCGCCGGCGCGGCACCCCCGGCGACCCUGGCGGAGUUCACGCUCGACGGCAGCGGCGGGAUGGACUUCUACGACGUGAGUCUGGUGGACGGCUACAACCUGCCGGUGCUGGUGGUGCCGCAGGGCGGCUCCGGCGGGGGAUGCAGCUCCACCGGCUGUCCGGUGGACCUCAACGGGGUGUGCCCGUCGGACCUCAAGGUGGUGCUGUCGACCUCGGACGGCGGCAGUGAGAGCGUCGCGUGCAAGAGCGCGUGCGAGGCGUUCGGAUCGCCCCAGUAUUGCUGCAGCGGCGACUACGGGAGCCCCAACACGUGCAAGCCGUCGUCCUACUCCCAGUUCUUCAAGAACGCCUGCCCCAGGGCUUACAGCUACGCCUACGACGACGCCACCUCUACGUUCACCUGCGCAUCCGCCAACUACCUUAUCAUGUUCUGCCCCAGCACCACAAGCCAGAAGAAGUCCUCGGACUCGAAUUCGGACGCAGCAAGCAUGCCGCUGAGCAAUGACACGAUGGUCUACGUGGGGGGCGAGCAAGUGAGCCACGCCGCGCCAACCCUGCCGCACAUGGCGGCCAUGCUUCUUCCCAUCUCCCUCGCUGUCCUCACCUUACGUCUCGGCUUUUAGCGCGGCCGCGCGGAGGCCACGCCGUGCGCACCGCAAAUUCUACGCCGGCCGUUCGGUGCGCCUACUACAACGGAGCAACAGAGGGUGGUGGGAGAGACGUUGCUCUCGGGGCCCUACCUUGCACCUCUCAUGGCCUGUCCUUUUCGUCAUGAACAAUGACGAUGAACAUGAACGGUUUUGUCAGGCUGACAAGGAUCUGACGAAGAACGAAAAGAACUUCUGCUGCGAA